UUCUACCACCAUAACUUUUUUUCAUGAAGUAUGUGGGUGAAAAUCCAGAUGUCUACAACAGAGUACUAUCAGAGCAAUUGGAAAUCUCGAAGGGCAAAAAGGCAGGGGAAAUGUUAGAUUGGGAAGAUUUGUCGAAAAUGAAGUACUCAUGGAAUGUGAUGUGCGAAGUAAUGAGACUUGCUCCUCCUCUUCAAGGAACUUUCAGGGAGGCCCUGUGUGACUUCACCUAUGCUGGUUACACAAUCCCAAAGGGAUGGAAGGUGCGUAAUAAUAAGUAA